GUGUGAGCCACCUCGUCCAGACCAAAUGAUCUUUAGGAGAAAAAAGGAAAUACUGGGGGAAGCACAGUAGGAGAUCACAGCAGGGGCCCACCUCCGGAACCUCAAGUAAGGACUUGAGAGAGAAGGUGGAGUCAGAGUAACAGAGACACAGGCCGGUUAGCCAGCUCUGCAUGGAAAAGACUGAGUCGUGAUGAUGUCACAGUUCUCCCCAAAUCUCAAAGUCACUGAUCAAACAACUCAGUUUACACUGAAGACAAUGGAUGGGGCUCUAAUUUUGUGCCCACAGCUUGACACACCUUUGGGAAUUUGGUUUCAGUUUAACUUUCUUUGCCGGUACACAGAUCUCACUGUGAGAAUAUAUGAUCAAUCCAGAUCUCUAUGGAUCUAUAUCCUCCUUGGGCAAACCUAAAUGCAGACACUUUUAGCACCCAUAGGAGUUAAGUCAGGAUUAAAUAAGAACAUUCCCUCCCACUUGGGGGCAUAUUCACUGGGAAUCCCAGAGCGAUGUCGCCUGCCCACACCUGCUAGGUGUGCUCACAGGGCAUCUAAUUCCCUCUCCUGAGUUCCUUUUAAGCAAGCAAGGGGAUCUAUGUCCAGAGAAGCAGUUACUGUGUCUAAGUAAAGUUACUGCAUCUUAGGAAAAGGCAAACAUUCGCAUUUUGCGUGCAUGAUGGGCGCACACCCAAGAAAAUUACUCAGCACUUGUUUUUCUCACUUUGGGGUUUUCCCAAAAUAACUUCUUCAGUCCAGCUGCCAUGAAUCUGGAGCCCCCGACUGACCCAUCAAGGUUCGAUUUGGCUUCAGACACCUCUCAGAUCACCCUGCGGCUCAGAGCCCGGAUCCUGAAGGGCGCAGCGUGGGCAGGGGGCGGGCCCGGGAGUUGGAACAGAAGGCACAGACGGCCCCUCCUCGGAGGGGAGGGACCGAGGCCGGGGCCUUGUUCUUUAAGACUCGCAGCGCUGGAUCUUAGUCUGCGCGGCGGCAUUGACACUAGCGGCAUUGACACUAGCUGGGCUCCUCGGGGCGCGCCCCAGGUGGUCCGAAGCCUGGUCCGCCCUCCACGCAGGUGUCCCGCGCGCCCGGGUCAGUCAUGUCGUCCUGCAGCCGCGUGGCGCUGGUGACCGGGGCCAACAGGGGCAUCGGCUUGGCCAUCGCGCGCGAAUUGUGCCGACAGUUCUCAGGGGAUGUGGUGCUCACCGCGCGGGACGUGGCGCGGGGUCAGGCGGCCGUGCAGCAGCUGCAGGCGGAGGGACUGAGCCCGCGCUUCCACCAACUGGACAUCGACGACCUGCAGAGCAUCCGCGCCCUGCGCGACUUCCUGCGCAAGGAGUACGGCGGGCUCAAUGUGCUGGUCAACAACGCGGCAGUCGCCUUCAAGAGUGAUGAUCCAAUGCCCUUUGACAUUAAAGCCGAGAUGACACUGAAGACAAAUUUUUUUGCCACUAGAAACAUGUGCAACGAGUUACUGCCGAUAAUGAAACCUCAUGGGAGAGUGGUGAAUAUCAGUAGUUUACAGUGUUUAAGGGCUUUUGAAAACUGCAGUGAAGAUCUGCAGGAAAAGUUCCGCAGUGAGACACUCACAGAGGGAGACCUGGUGGAUCUCAUGAAAAAGUUUGUGGAGGACACAAAAAAUGAAGUGCAUGAGAGGGAAGGCUGGCCCAACUCACCUUAUGGAGUGUCCAAGUUGGGGGUCACAGUCUUAUCGAGGAUUCUGGCCAGGCGUCUGGAUGAGAAGAGGAAAGCCGACAGGAUUCUGGUGAAUGCGUGCUGCCCAGGACCAGUGCAGACAGACAUGGAUGGGAAAUACAGCAUCAGGACUGUGGAGGAGGGGGCUGAAACCCCUGUCUACUUGGCCCUCCUGCCUCCAGAUGCCACUGAGCCACAAGGCCAGCUGGUCCAUGACAAAGUUGUGCAAAACUGGUAAACAUCUGCUUCGGAGCUUGAUGCUUAAUAAAGCUCUAGAUCUUUCCUCUAAAAAGAACCAGUUGGAUUGGAUCAGAGCUGUUACUGUGCAUCCCACCUCAUGUGCCUAAGGAGCAGAGGGAGCCAGCCAUCGCCAGAGAAGGAGGCCAACCAUCAGGAGGCGCGUUUAAGCCAGGUGUGGUGGCUCCUGCCUCCAAUCGCAGCACUUUGGGAGGUCAAGGCA